UCGAGCUCCGGACAACGCCCAGAUUACGCGCGUGGAGAUAGGAUGCAGUGUUCGGCAGACGAACAGGUGCUGUAGACAUGCCCGUCGUUUCGGUCAGCGAAGACCCUAUUUCCCCGUCUGGGCCAAUCCGUGUUCACAAAAUGGCGGACGGUAAAAACUCAGAUAUCAAUGGAUUAAACGGCGAGCAUCGUUUGAAAACGCCGAUAGAGAUCUACGAAGAAACGGGCGUGCUGGUGCAGGAAGUGGACGAAGGCCAACCAUGUCUCAGCUGCCGGGACAAGUGCUCUGGAUUCAGUCCUCACAUGUGGAGAACUGUUUGUAAUAAUUGCAAAUGCCCACGUGAAGCACAUGAUGUGUGCCACGAAGAAUUCGUCAAUGUGUGCGACCGUAUCGGGUUCCAGCCUUCACCUGAACGGAGUCGACAUGUCACGUCGAAAGAGAAGACCCUGUCUGAAGGUUACUCUUGGGUUCCACCCAACUUGUCUAGUGAGAAAAUUGAAGAAUACUUUAGCCAGUUGCCAAAUCACCAAGUGCCUCGUCUUGGAACUUCGGGAGAGAAAUACAGGGACCGUCAAUUAAUCCUGCAGUUACCGAAGCAAGACUUGGCAGCAGCCUACUGUAAAUUUCUUGAAAAGGAUUUCCUGAAAGCAUAUGAAGACUUCGUCAAUAUCCGAAAUGAAAUGGCCCUCGAUAUUGGAUAUGUUCGGGAUCAUCUGGAGCAGAAUACGGAUUGCAAAAGAUGCUCUGGAGAAUUAUCCAUGGGAGAACUUUGCGUAGUAGCCCCGAAGCUGGGUGAAGAUGUGGCCUUUCAUCCUUCCUGCUUUUAUUGCACGGUGUGUGAAGAACUACUGGUUGAUCUUACUUACUGUGUCCGUGACGAUACAUUGUAUUGCGAACGACAUUAUGCCGAGCAAAUCAAGCCACGAUGUGCUGCAUGUGAUGAGAUUUUAGCUUUUCCCUCCCCCUCUAGAAUUCUAUGCAUGAUAGCAGGAGCGUAUCCUGAAUUUCCAUUAAGGGCAUGCUGCUGAACGCCAAAUAUUUCACAACUUGUAAUGAAGAUUGUAAUUACAUGCAUUUGAAGGUUGAAUAUGAUAUUUGCAUAUUAAUAUGUUGUCCAGCAUUGCAUAAUAUGAAACAUAAUUAAAUGCAUAUAAUAAAAGCUUUAAAUUCCUCA